AUGGAUUUAGCUUUCGAUUUUGAGUUUGAUUCUCCUCCUCUUUUUCUGAACCAAAACCUUAACUCCUUCCAAAGCGCUCGAGACCCUUUUUCCUGGGACUACAAUUUUGACCACAUCUUCGACCAAGCCAAAGAAUCAUCCACGGGGUCCAACUUUUCCGGUUCUGUGGGCAGCGUUGAGUUACAAGAAGUCUCCUCCGACGGCACCACUUACGAAGAAGAAGCCAAAGCAACAGAGCCACUGGCGGAGCCGGCGCCGGUCAAGGAGGGGAGGAUGUACAGAGGAGUGAGGAAGAGGCCGUGGGGGAAGUUCGCAGCGGAGAUACGGGAUUCGACCCGAAACGGCGUUCGGGUGUGGAUUGGAACGUUUGACACUGCGGAAGCGGCGGCUCUGGCUUACGACCAGGCUGCGUUCUCGACGAGAGGGUCUCUGGCGGUGCUGAAUUUCCCGGAGGAAGUGGUGAGAGAGUCCCUCAAGGACAUGCCGAGUAAGCCCUGGGAGGAAGGUUCUUCCCCUGUUUUGGCGCUCAAGAGAAAACACACUAUGAGGAGAAAGUCCAGUUUGAAGAAGAAGAAAAGCAAAGUCGAUGACAGAGAUCAAGUACAGUUCUGCUCCUCUUCCCAGAAUGUGCUCGUGUUCGAGGAUUUGGGUGCUGAGUACUUAGAACAGCUCUUGAGUUUGACUUCUUAG